GAAACAACAAAAAAGUCAAAAAUUUAUAUCGGAAAAUGGAGAUUUCUCACCGAUAUCCGGCAGCUCCUCUCCGGCCAAUCAACGUUCCGGGAAGAUGCAGUGCUUAUAUGUCAGUAAACUUCAACAACUAUAAAGCAUCACCAUCAUCGACUAAUACCAAUCUGCAAUACGACGUCGCUUCUUCUGAAUCACAAUCAUUUAAAAAUCGUUUCUUUAUACUUGGGAUGGGUUAUGUGGGCAAGUUCUUUGCUCAAGAAUUACUUAACAAGGAAUGGAUUGUAUCUGGGACCUGCACUAGCAAUGCCAAGAAGCUGAAGCUUGAGGAAAUGGGAUUCAAUGUACAUAAAUUUAAUGCAAAUGAACCCGAACUUGAAGUUCUAGAUGAUUUGAGUCAUCAUACUCAUCUUCUUGUCUCCGUUCCUCCGGUUGAGGGUAUUGGUGAUCCGUUGCUUCAACAUGAUGAGCUUCUAAAGAGGAGGCUAGUGGAUGGAAACCUUCGGUGGCUCUGUUAUUUGUCGUCCACAAGUGUAUAUGGAAACUGCGGUGGUGCAUGGGUAGACGAAGAUUACCCUGUCAGUAGUACAAGUGGAUCAGCCAAAGCCAAAGCAAGAUUAGCUGCUGAGGAGGGAUGGUUACAGUUUGGCAGUCAACUUGGGCUUGAAACAAAAAUAUUUCGACUAGGAGGUAUCUACGGCCCUGGCAGAAGUGCAAUCGAUACUAUACUCAAGCAAAAGCAAUUGUCAGAAGUUCAGAGGUUGAGAUCGUUCAGUAGAUAUACUUCUCGAGUUCACAUAUCUGAUAUUUGCCAAGCACUUCAUGCCAGUAUUCAGAAGCCUUCCACCGUGAGUAUAUUUAACAUAGUUGAUGAUGACCCUACCCCAAGAGAAGAAGUUUUUAUGUAUGGCCAAAGUUUGGUUGAGAAAAAAUGGCCGGGUCACACAAGACAAUUAGCCUCUCAUGAAAGGGUAGAAUUAUCAUAUUCUAAGGUGAAUGUAAGAGGUGACAAAAGAGUAUCGAAUGCUCGUAUGAAGAAAGAACUAGGAGUGCAGCUGCAACAUCCUAGUUAUAGGUCUGGAUUGCAAAGUAUUCUUGAGCAUCUGGACCCUUCCAUGAACACCCCCGGGUAAUGUUGCAGAAUCUAAAUGUCUUCGAUUGAUCCAAGACGAUACUAUUUACAGGAAAAGAAGUCCUUUUGUGGAUCCCCUGAUGAGUUUGAAAUAUCAAUCAGGCACGUGCUCUCAUGGAAUAUACGAUCAGUUUCACAAAGAAAUGCAUCUCAUGAUUAUCCGUUUAUACAACAAAAUGGUAGAACUUUUAAUAACAGCGAUGUUAGCAAUCAAAAUAAGGAACUGAGGAAAACAGCAUUGAUUUUCCAUCAGAUGACGAUAUUUAUAACCUGAUUCUGGAAACUUUUGUUUCAAACCUGUAUGCAAGCCUAAUAUAACACCACCCUCAAAGUGCAUACAUUUUACAGAGAGAAACAAGUCAUGUAUUUAACUCUUCAGCUCUGCCUGGAUGCAUAAACUCAGCAACUAUCCCUCUAGUUACAAAGGUACAAAAUCCAGCUCCAUGUCUCAAUUUAGACCUAUAUCAUGUUGUCACACUCUUUACAAGUGUAUCUCUAAGCUUUUGGCGGGUCUUAUGAAAAAUGUAAUGAUUAGCA